AUGGGCGUCUUUGUUUUCGGAUCAAAUGCCAUAUCCCAGUUGGGACUAGGAGAAGACGAGGGAAGCACUCAUGUUCCAACAAGGCUUUCUUUCUUUGAUGGAUUGUCUCCGGCCAAGGUUAGAUGUGGGUCAUUACACACAUUGAUACUUGAUUCUGAUGGGACGUUAUAUUCUUGGGGAUGUAAUGAUGAAGGCGCGUUAGGAAGAGAUGGUGACGAAUCUACCCCCAAAAAAGUUUGUCUUAGAGAAAAGGUUGUGGAUAUGGACUGUGGCGCUUCCAUCUCUGCAGCAUUGACUUCUAGUGGGCAUGUAUACGUCUGGGGAACAUUUAGAUCGACCAACGGUGCCUUUGGAUUAACCCCAAGAGAGAGCAUUUCUUUCGUCCCCAUAAAGGUUCCUCUCAAAAAUAUAAGAGCUUUGAGUGCCGGCCAAAGCUUUAUAGCAGCACUUGACCUGAAAGAUGCAAUUUUCACCUUUGGCUCAAACGAAUUUGGAGAACUUGGAAGAAGGACAUCUGAAAGAAACAAGCUAAGAGCUCUUAUACCAGACGCAGUAACGACGCCUAGAAAGCGUUUACAAAAUUAUAGAUUCAAAUCGAUCGGAUGCGGCCUGAACCACUUGAUAGCGCUGAAUGCAGAUGGAGAAGCCUAUUGCUGGGGAUCGAACUUAUAUGGGCAGUUGGGGCAUGACAAAGCCGAAAGCACUUUUAAUAAGUACAAGGUGCCUCUGGAUGGGAUAGUUCAGGCGGUUGGAGGGGAAAACCAUAGCUUGUUUAUCACCCGAGACGGGAGUCUAUAUGGGUGUGGCAGGAAUAAGGAGGGACAGCUCGGCAUCCAAUCAACAGAAAGCAUAAGAUCACCCGUAAGGCUUGGGCUUGAUGGGGUGGAAGCAGUCCGUUCUUAUAAUAGCUUUAACAUAUGUAAGAUUGGAAACGAAUUAUAUUCAUGGGGAACAGGAUUCAAUGGUGCACUGGGGCACGAGGAAGAGACCUUAUUUUCACCAAAAAAAAUUCCGUUCGACUUCCCUAGUGUGAUAGACUUUGAUGUUGGGAAUGAUUUUUCUGUUAUAGUGACUAAGUAA